UCUUGAACGUUUCCGAACCCUAGAAUUUUCAAUUGAGGGUUUUGUUAUUUCCGAGAAGCAUUACUUUUCUUUCUUUACUGAACCAAACCAAUCGCUAUCUUCCCAAAAUCAAAACCUAAGAGGAAAAAAAAAAGGAGAAACCAUUAAAGGGGUGAUGGAUGGCCUUGAACCCUAUUCUUUUAAUCGCCAUCCUCAAUAUCCUCGUUCGACCAGAACUCGCCACGUAUACAGUUACGGACCAGACGAAGAGCUCGAUGAUGAAGAAGAAUUGGAACAAGAAUACAACAACGUAGAUGACGAUAACGAUGAUGACCCAGAUGUUUAUUACCGUCGUGUUAAAGAAAGCGAGCGUUUUGAAAGGUACCCAAAGCGGAAAAAGCUGAGAACUUCAGUCCCCAGCUUCCAGUACACACCCGACCAUAGAGAUAGCUUCAAAACUGCAUAUGAUUGGUCGCAGCAAGAGAUUUAUGUUCUGUUAGAAGUUUGGGGGAAUAGGUUUUUGCAAUUGGGGAGGAGGAGUUUGAGGGGUGAAGAUUGGGUUGAUGUAGCUGAGAAAGUUAGUGAUGCUUUGAAGAGUGUGAAAAAUGAAGCCCAGUGUAGGCGUAUGAUCGAUGGGUUGAAGAGGAAGUUUAAGAAAGAGAAGUCGAAAGCCGAGAGAAAGGGGUUGAAUUCGAGUAAAUGGGUGUUUUUUAGGAAAAUGGAGAUGUUAAUGGGGUUGGGUUCUUCGUAUAAGCAACAAGAAUCAUGGUUGGCUUGUGGAGUGGAUUCCGGGGAGUUUGUGUUUAUGAAUCCGCAGGUUUAUUUGGAUAGGUCCAAUGGUUUUGAUGAGAUGAGGGAUAGUCCCACUGAGUCAGAGAUGGAGGAGGAGGAGGAGGAGGAGGAGGAGGAGGAGGAGGAGGAUGGAGAGUCAAGCAUGAAAGCCGAAGUACACGAUGAGCAUUCGAUGAGGAUGUUGGCCGACUCGGUGCAGCGGUUUGGUAAGAUAUAUGGGAAGAUUGAGAGUAGUAAGAGGGAGCAUAUGAAGGAGUUAGAGAAGAUGAGAAUGGAUUUUCAGGAGGAGUUGGAGGUACAAAAGAAGCAGAUUUUGGAUAGGGCACAAGCAGAAAUUGCAAAGUUGAAGGAAGAGGAUGAUGAGGAGGAGGAGACAGACGAUGAGGACGAAGACAAUGAAAAUUCCAUGCAGAAUAUCAGCGAAUAGGUUUCUUGGGUUUGAAGUUUUGUAAAGAACAAUUACAUCUCAACGUGUAACAAGAACUGAGAUUCGUGGGGGAUUUUGUUCGCCCUGCAUGCUGAGAUGACUUACGGAAGUUGAAAGUUUCAGUCGUAAUAGAUGUUUGCAUUUAGAAUCUAAUAAAGGUAAUGAUAUAUUAGGGCUAACU